AUGAAGAAGCUAGGUUUGAGAUACAAGGCAAAGAAAUGUAAAGUCAUGUUAAUGGGGACUACAGGGACAGAAAUCAAAACUGAAGAGGAGAAAUUGGAGAAGGUGGACAAUUUUACGUAUCUUGGAAGUACCGUCAGCCAAGAUGGUACUAGUUCCGAGGCAAGAAGAAGAAGAAGAAGAAUCGGGAAGGCAAACGCUGCAUUUGGAAAACUCAAAAACAACUCCCAAGACAAAACUGAAUGCGUACAAAGUGUUAGUUUUAUGUGGCGGGUCACAAAAACAUACAAGAGAGAUAGAGACAAGCACCUACAAGAUCUCUAUCAAGCAUUCUUAAAACUACAGUACCCACCUGCUGAAGUGAAAAAACAGAUUGACAGAGCCAGACGAGUACCCAAAAGUCACCUCCUACAAGACAGGCCCAACAAAGAAAAUAACAGCACACCACUAGCUGUCACCUUCAGCCCCCAACUAAAACCUCUCCAGGGCAUCAUCAGAGAUCUACAACCUAUCCUGAAAGAUGAUCCUUUACUCUCACAGAUCUUGGGAGACAGACCUGUCCUCGCUUACAGACAACCCCCCAACCUAAAACAAAUACUCACCAGCAACCACACAUCACUGAACAAAAACACUGACCCAGGAACCUAUCCUUGUAACAAAGCCCGAUGCCAACUCUGUCCACAUAUCUAUUCAAGUGACAUCAUCAUAGGACCUAAUCACAUCAGCCAUACCAUCAGGGGCUCGUUCAUCUGCACAUCUACCAAUGUGAUAUAUGCCAUCAUGUGCCAGCAAUGCUCCUCUGCCAUGUACAUUGGCCAAACCGGACAGUCUCUACGCAAAAGAAUUAAUGGUCACAAAUCUGACAUCAGGAAUCAUAAUACUCAAAAACCAGUGGGAGAACACUUUAACCUGUCUGGUCAUUCAGUGACAGACCUGCGGGUGGCUAUAUUACAACAGAAAAACUUCAAAAACAGACUCCAACGAGAGACUCCUGAGCUGGAAUUGAUAUGCAAACUAGACACAAUCAACUCAGGAUUGAAUAAGGACUGGGAAUGGCUGAGCCAUUACAAACAUUGAAUCUAUCUCCCCUUGUAAGUAUUCUCACACUUCUUAUCAAACUGUCUGUACUGGGCUAUCUUGAUUAUUACUUCAAAAGUUUUUUUUCUCUUACUUAAUUGGCCUCUCAGAGUUGGUAAGACAACUCCCACCUGUUCAUGCUCUCUGUAUGGGUGUAUAUAUAUCUCCUCAAUAUAUGUUCCAUUCUAUAUGCAUCCGAAGAAGUGGGCUGUAGUCCACGAAAGCUUAUGCUCUAAUAAAUUUGUUAGUCUCUAAGGUGCCAAAAGUACUCCUGUUCUAUUCAGUAUAGAUUGGUAGACUCUGUAGGAAAAGUUCUCUUUUGUGAUUGAGCCAGUUUUUUCCUAGCUACUGUACACAGUUGCAGGCUAUUUACAUACAUUGAACACGAUUCAGGAUUGAGCAUGUCAGCAGGGUAUUGUAUGUUUCAAACUAACAAAAAAUGAGUGGAAUGCAGCUCCAUUGUUUUGCUUUGUCACCACAUGAAAGAAAACUGUUUGUUUAUUUUUUAUUUUAUUUUUUUGGUGGUCAGCUUAGUAAAGGCAGACAAAAUAGUUUACUUCCACCCAUAACAAGCCAAUUGUGUGUAUCCUUACACAGUGAUUAUAGGACUGGUCCACAGCUCUUUGAAAUCAAAGGUACUUUUAAUGUGCUUGAUAUUGAGCGGAUGCAUAACUGCUUUGCUGGAUCAGUGACAGAGUGCUGAGUGAGCACCUUGUAGGACUGAGUCCUCAGUCUCUGACAGGCCAUCGGGGGAGCAAAUUCCAAAUGUCAGGGUUUACAACUAAGAACCCCUCUAUUUCCAGCAUUGGAAAACAGAGUCCCAUGUUAUGAGACAUCCUAGGACUCAACUGCCGUGACUGGACAUAACAGAACAUAUAGGUUUUGUGAUGUUACUAAGUUACUGUUUACAUAGAGCUAGGUGACAAAUAGACAGAGCCAGCCUUUGGACUUCACAAAGCCCACAGGCAUAGACCUCAAGCCCUAAUUUAGUAGAACUAUAAAUAUCAAGGCUAAUCUCAUCUUCCUUUUUUUUUUAAAAAAAAAAAAAAGGUUCUAUCUUUGUUAUUGCAAAGAGAGCCUUGAAAAUACCAACUGAUUGCUAGGGUUAGCUUGUCACAUUGAUUUUUUCCCUAGAUAUCAUAGUUUAUUCAGAUUCUCCUACAGCCAUCCCAUCUGACAGCCCCAUGUGAAUAUUAAUUUUUACUCUUUCCCCUAUUGUUUCAGUGGGUCUUUCACACAGCAAGCUGGGAAAGAAAAGCAAUUGUUUAAAAAAAAAAAUCACACUGUGUUUUUACAACAGAAAUUUGGUGAAUUCAGGGAAAGGUGCCCAGGUGCUACUUUUAGCUCAUCUUUUUAUUUUUAAAUUGAUCUGAUUUCAAGUUGACAGUGUCCCUUUAAAUCAUAGUAUACAAAAAAUCAGUGUCAAAUUACUUGAUUAGCUGAACAGACUAUAAGCUCUCAUUUUAAAUAAAGGUCACUAAACAUUAUCUCAAACAAGCAACUGAGGUUUCUCAGUGGAGCCGGAGAGGUCAUUUUACUGUAUUUCCUUGGCAGAUGUGUCUGUCCAAUUCUUGUCAAUCUGGGGAUAUGGAGAAGGCAAUGUGCUGAGUAGUAUCAGAUAAAUAUUUUUGAAAAUAAUUAAAAAUAAAGGGGACUCAAGGAGUAGGCAGAAGUGAUUGGUGCCAAUUUGCCAGCAGUCAUUACAGAUUGAAAAGGACUGCUCUGAAGACUACAAAAAUGACGGUAGACCACUAGCUACUAUCCCAGCAAAGCCUUCAGAUUCCAGAUAGUGAAAGAGAAGGGCAACUUUUCAUUUCUUUCCUGGCAUUGUGUCUUUGAAAUUUUAGGCUUAUGAAUACUUACAUUAAAUGAAUAUUUCUAGCUACAUCAUUUGGAUAUUGUGGUUAAAUAAUUGUCAUUUUCUGGGUAAUUUCCUACUUCUUAUUAUUAACCUUGGACAUGUUCUGCCUGUGCUUGGGGAAAUGUGAACUUGAGGGUUUGCUCAUAUUCUUGUGGCUUAGCCUAGUUCUCUGUAUUGUAGACCAGUCAGGAGCGCUGGUCUCCUCUCACAAAGUUUCCCAGUGUGCUAUGGUGUCAAUAUAUGCUGAAUUUAUUUUUUUUAAGGAGCUGGAGAAAGAAUGUCAGUGCAUUUAAUCACUGUUUUCCAAACCACAUUGUCCACCUUUUGUUUGCUUGUGCAGAAUAAACUUAUAGAAUGCCAAAUAAAAAAAAAUAAACUUCCAGGAGGGCAGCCCCAAUCUCCUUUUUAAUAAAAGUUUAACACCACACCUCAGAGCUAUCAACAUUUUCUGAGGUAUAGUUAAUUAGUAACUUUUAUUAUCCUUAUUUCUCUAGUACUUCAAUACAGUACACUUCAAGUAGUGGCAUGUGUACAUGUGAUUUCUUUGUCUACUUAUAGACCUGUUUCUGUCUUAAAUACAACUGCAUGCUUCCAGCUUUGUCAACAUAUGGACAAUUCUAACGCAUCCAAAGAAAACUGGUAAGACCAACUCUGCCAAAAGCAUAGGGAGAUGUCCAUAUGGUUCUGAUCCUGUGCUCUUGUUAGGGUUGUAGGAAUUGAUCCUAUGUAGGAAUCCUUUCUUAAUGAUGAUGAGCAUUUGGCAGAAAAGGCAUCCCGACAAAGAAUAAAGAUAUACCCACAAAGGUAAAAUAUUGAUGAACAGAUCUUUGGACCAAAUUCAUCUCUGCUGUAACUCUAUUGACUUCAAUUAGCUUUCACCAAGGUUGGUUAUGGUCCUUUAUAGUAAAACGCAGUAAGAGCAUUGUUGAAGAACAGCUAUAAAGUAAACUGCUUUAAACAUUAGACUAAUUGAAGUUCACUUGAUUCCAUAAUGUAACAAAACCCUUUUUCUUUCCUAGGCCACUAUCUGUUACAUAGAGUCUAUGGGUUUGUGUAUCAUUAAAUAUUUAUUCCUUCCAUUAUUUCUUUAAAUGCAUAUAAAAGAAUCCGCUUAUUUCCUUAUAUUGUGUCUGGUGCAAUUUUUAAGAACCCAUUUCGUUCAAUAGUUUUUUCAAAGGGGUUUUCUUACCAUAUGGUAUUCAUUAC